GUCUUUCAGCAACAGAGUUCAGGCUGUGUCUUUGCUUCAUCAUCUGAGAGAAAAUCCCCAGAUAAGGCAUAAGGUUUUCAGAGUACAAAAAAAUAGGGUGAUAAUUAUUUUACAUGAAAACUACUUAUCAUAAUGAUGCAAUGGAAAAGAUGUGGUCAUUUGAUCAUAUCAUACGUUUCCGUUCACAUUGUAAAUGUGUCGAAUAGACAGAGCUAAACAAGGUCAAUUAUUAAAAAGUGCCUUUGUGAAGUCACUUUUACGAGAGAGGACUGCGACGCCUGAAUGUGUUUUCAAAAUAUGAUCUCUGCCAGCUAGACAUCGCCCUGACCUUAUAUGUCACAGAAGACACCUCAACUGUCUUGGUUUGCCAAUUUCUUGAUGUGAAACUGGCUUCCAUAUUAAAAAAGCUGAAGAAAGAAUUACUGCCAGGACGUGAAUAAGCUGACUGGAUUGCUUUUCCUGUGUAAUCAAUACCAGCAAGCAGCCUGCAAAGAAUUAAUAUUAUAUCAAGGAGUGCCAUUGCACUGAAGUAACUUUAUUUAAAACAGUUGUGUCAGCGAUCCAAUCAAGAGACUCAGAUAUUUUACAGCCAGAGAUGCUACUGAGCAUGAUUUUUUUGCAGCCAAAAGUCUACAAGUGGGACAUAUUGAUUGAUGAGUGACUGCUUGCUGAUAAAUUGUCUUUGCUCAUUCUGCUUUGUGUGUAUUGGGCUCCAUUAAGCAAUUUAUUGCUUCAUUGCCGAUAGAAAAAAAGUACAGAGCGUCUCUCUCUCUCAACUAUAGUUUUUGGAAUUGUUGUAGAUUGGCUUGGCAUAAUUCACUUAAUAGUUAUUCACAAAACAAAAAUCAGUUUCCAUCAUGGCUUUGAAUGUUGCUCCUGUAAGAGAUACAAAAUGGCUGACAUUAGAAGUGUGCCGACAGUUUCAGAGAGGAACUUGUUCACGCUCUGAUGAGGAAUGCAAAUUUGCACAUCCCCCCAAAAGUUGCCAGAUUGAAAAUGGAAGAGUUAUUGCCUGCUUUGAUUCCCUAAAGGGUCGUUGUACAAGAGAGAACUGCAAGUAUCUCCAUCCACCAACACAUUUAAAAACUCAACUAGAAAUUAAUGGCAGGAACAACUUAAUCCAACAGAAAACUGCAGCAGCAAUGCUUGCCCAGCAGAUGCAGUUCAUGUUUCCAGGAUCACCAAUUCAGCCAAUGCCCACCUUUCCAGUGGGUCCAACAAUAGGAACGAACACAGCUAUUAGCUUUGCUCCUUACUUAACACCUGUAACCCCUGGAGUUGGAUUAGUUCCUACUGAAAUACUACCCACACCGCCUGUCAUUGUUCCUGGAAGUCCCCCUGUCACAGUUCCUGGUUCGACUGCUACUCAGAAACUCUUGAGGACUGAUAAACUGGAGGUAUGCAGGGAAUUCCAGCGAGGAAACUGCGCGCGGGGAGAGACUGACUGCCGCUUUGCACAUCCUGCAGAUAGCACAAUGAUUGAUACAAAUGACAACACUGUAACCGUUUGUAUGGAUUACAUAAAGGGGCGUUGCAUGAGGGAGAAAUGCAAAUAUUUUCACCCUCCUGCACAUUUGCAGGCCAAAAUCAAAGCUGCUCAACAUCAAGCCAACCAGGCUGCAGUGGCAGCUCAAGCAGCUGCUGCAGCUGCUACAGUGAUGACUCAGUCGACUGCCAAAGCAAUGAAGCGGCCUCUCGAAGCAACUGUAGACCUGGCCUUUCCUCCUGGCGUUCUUCACCCUUUACCAAAGAGACAAGCACUUGAAAAAAGUAAUGGUGCCAGUGCCAUUUUUAAUCCCAGUGUCUUGCACUAUCAACAGGCUCUUGCCAAUGCACAGUUGCAACAACAUGCAGCAUUUAUCCCAACAGGGUCAGUUUUGUGCAUGACACCCGCUACCAGUAUUGAUAAUCCUGAAAUAAUCAGCAGGAAUGGAGUGGAAUGCCAAGAGACCUCAUUGAGAAUGGCAAAACAUUGUUAUUGUACAUACUAUCCUGUCUCCUCCUCUCUAGAAUUGCCACAACCUGCAUGCUAAGUAAAGAUUUUGUUCUUAUGGACAGAUCAGAAAUUCUAAAAAGCUAGUGCUGCUGUAUUAUAUAUGAAUAUUACAUAUGGUAUGCUUAAUAUAUUCCAACCUGAAAUAGUUAACUACCUGAUACCAGCUGUGAUGUUUCAAGACAUAAAGGGUAACAUUUUACUUUUAAAGAUUUUAUAAACACAGUUUACUUCAUAGGAAUAUUUAUUAUCUCCAUAACUAUAGCUAAUGCAGAUGGCCCCAUUAAUUUAGUAUUAUAAGAUUCACAAUUUUAUGAAUCUUUCAAGUUUAGCAAUAAUUAAUUUACAUUGGCUAAAAUAUAUCCUAGUUGCAGGUUUGAUUUUUAACCCUAAUUAUUGUUAUUGUAACCGAGCAGAAAAACCAGAAGUCCUAUGUUUACUACCUUAGUCACCUGACUCCAAUACAAAGAAAGGAAGUGAAACAAAACCCAGUACCCUGGUCAUCACCCUGUAAAUCUAAGAUUUUAAAUAGUAAAUCCAACGUAAAGCACAAAUUCUUUAGAUACACAUAAGCUGAUAUUUGACUUGUAUAGAGAAGCUGCAUUGAAUCAUGGGACAGCAGAAAAAAAUUAAAACUUUGCACGGUAUGAACUUCAUACCCCCAAACAACAGAGUCUUGAAAAUAUUAUUUUACGAAUGUAUUUAUAACGUUUUUAAAAGAGACUUUGCAGAAGUGCCUAAAUUUUGCCACAUCAGACUUGAAGGAAGUGAGGCUGAUGCCAACAAUCUAAUCCACAAUAAGUGACUGAUCUUUUAAGCUCUCAGUCAGGUUACCUAAAAGAACCAAGUUGCUGUUGAGGUAACUUCUAUCAAGAGCAACAACAACAAAAAGGCUGUAGAUGAGGAGAUUUGUAAGAUAUCCUAAUUUAACUAAAAUUGAGUUCAGUCACUGAAAACCUGAUAAGUGACUUUAAUCUAGAUUAUUAACUAAACAUUAAAAAUGUAGGGAGAGUUUCAGUUUAAUAAAUCAUUACAGUUCUUGCAUUUUUUAAAAUUGAAUUAAAGGGUUGUAACCGGAUUACAGCAUGGAGGGGGGAAAAAGCUAGUUAUUUUAACCUUUUUCUUUAAAAACAUAUUUUAUGUCACAGAAAUAUGAAGAUAUCUUUAAUACAACUAUAUACAUAUUAUAUAUAUACAUACAUACAUAUAUAUGGAUGAAACAGAUUUUAAUGUUUACUUUUUUAAAUACAUUGUUGAUUUACAAGGUAAUUACAUAUGUACAAUUAAAAUUUCAUUUAGGUUUGGUUUAAGAUUUGUUUCCAGCACUACUGUACCAAAUAUUUCAUAUUUUACAUUUUGUACGUUGCACACGUCACAAAUACGUAGUUUUUAAAUUAUUGUUUAAAAAUGAAAACAGCUGUUAUAAGUGAAUAUGAUGUAUAAUUGUUGGCAACAUCAGUUUUCUGUGUGGCCAUAGUUUGUGAUUGCAGUAUUUUAACUUAACCUUUUCAGAUUGAUUGUAAACUAUUUUAAACUUCGGCAGCACUGCCUUUUCUGAAAGGCACUAGAGGCACUAACGGUACGAUUAGUUGUCUAGGAAAUUAUUUUCCGUUCUAAAUUUUGUUUGUCAAAUGUCUAAUUGCGAUCUAUUUAUAUUAAAGCUGUAGAUCUGAUCACCCGAACGAGAGAGAAAAAAUCACAAUCUGAUUGUAAAAUUAACAUAGUGGUUGUAAUGUUGCAUUUGUUUUAUUAUGUGGAAAAAAAUGUAUCUUAACUCCUGUUACUUUAGCAGUUAAGGUAUCACCAUUAUGUACUAUUGAAACACUAAUAUUUGUAGACUUUCUCAGUCAUUAUAACUAGGUAGUUGACAUUGCAACUUGCCUAUAUCUGUCAAAGUUGUUUUGAUUUGUUUUUAAUAAUAGUUCAUUUAGACAUUUUGGUAGCUUAUUGUACAAGACUAAAUGGUAAAUUAUCCAGAUUGUUUAAAUAUUUUAUGUAGAGGACUGUUUAAAACAUUGUUUUGUGCAAACUUUUUAUGUUUCAUGAUAAUUAUUCUAUAGUUUUUUACAAUUACUUCAGUACUACUAUUUUUUGCCCAUUCGUGACAAAGCUUCAGAUACAUCAGGUCUUGCAUUCAGACAAACCUACAAAACAAAAGAGAAAAUGUAUUUUUAAUACGAGAUCCACUUUCCAACUUUAUAACUUUGUGAUAUUCCAAGAACAGAUUUGUGCUAACAUAAGGAGGCAAUUACACAGAUGUGCAAAUAAAUGUUCAACAGAUUCUGCAUUUUAUUUAUUAACAAAUAAUUUUUAGAACAGUUACAAAUUUGGGAAGAUCUAAAACUAUUUUUCUGUAUAAAUAUUAUUUGCCAAAACUUUUUAUAUAUUUUAAAAAGAAACUAUAAUGAUGAUGAGUGAACAUUAAAUGCUUUAUUUAAUUAAAAUAAAUAAAUAAACUCCCCAGAAAGAACCAUGAGAUGGGCCAACAUUGAGAUAGUAAAUACUAUAGCUGAGACGUGAUUUCAAGUUACUUGAGAUGUCUCAGUAUUUAUUUUCUAUAAAUGAAACAGCACUUCACCAAAAUACCUUAUCAUUUGCCUCUUUCAUACAAAAUGUAAUUGACUGCACUUAUACUGAAUAUUUCAAUAACAGUUAAAGAAAUCCCUUCUUCCAUGCCUUUCACUGUAACCAUUAGCAAUCUGUUAAAUAUCCAUUAUAUUUUUGUUGUAACAUUAAAUUCAUUCACCCAAUGUGCAACCGCUCAAAUAAAAAAAAGCAUUUUAAAAUGA